CUAGAGGGUACCUAAAUCAACCAUCCCACCAUCCACACCACCUCCCGCUGCUUAUACCGGUAGUCAGUUAAGUAAAGUUUCAUGCCUUCCAUCCACUGGGUUUUAAAUGUUAGAUACCUACAACGUACACGUAUAUGUGAGGUGUAGGUACUUAUCUACUGUCCUUACCUAAGAUACCUGGUACCUAUAUGUACCUAAAGGCUAACCUAACCAGCUUUAGGUACUUAUCCCACGUACCUUAAGUAAGGUUGUAGUACAUAACUAUACUGGGUACAAUCAUAGUGCACUACUUUAUUCUUCCUCCCCUCCCAAACGAACUUCCAUACAAACCACUACCUAACGAAACCACCCACCUCGUUCGACCACAUCUUCUUCCCAACACCACCCAUCCAUUCGCAAAGCCUAGCGGCAACGAAACAACUCACCUGUUAAAAGACCCGAUCCUUUAAUUUGAGGCGACAUUCGCGUACUUCAACAUGAACCCUCACCAGAAGAACAAGAUUGAUGUCAAGACGCUCACCCCCGAUGAGCAACGCCUCUUCCGCCUGUACGGCAAGCUGCCGUCGAAAUCGGACCACUUCGCCAAGCACUUAAAGGAGCGCAAGUACUUCGACAGCGGAGACUAUGCCAUGUCGAAGGCGGGCAAAGGCGACAGUGUAGACACAGGCAGCGUUGGCAGCCAGCACCCCGUCCCCGAGAACAUCCCUCACCUGACGUCGCCCAACGGCCAGAACGGCGGCAGCACCGUCGCCCACCAGCACCACCCCAGCUUGCACCACGUCCACACCGGCCAGCAGGCCACCUCUACCGGCAGCCCUGUCAAGGAGAGCAGCUUCCUCAACCGCGAGACUAGCGCCGACGACAACGAGGCCGCUGCCGAGAACAGCGACAAGGAGAACAAACUCAAAAAUACCGAGACUACGGCUGCUGCGGCGACAGACGCCGAUGCUACCCAGGGCAUUCCUAUCCGAAGAUAGGAUGACGAUAAGGUGAUACUGCUAUUAGGGCGGAGGAAUAUAAGACGAGAGGAGACUAGACGAAAUGAGACGAGUCUACGUCUACAGUUGGCAGUGGAGGAAGAGCAUUAGGUACUACCUGAGAAAAGAGUGACCCUACUUACCUCCCUAGCCCGGCUAUAUCUUACCAAGAGGAGAGCAUAUGUACUUUUGUUUACCUGUCGUUGUACGACUGAGAGGUAGUUGAGUUGCGUUUACGCGAGGGAGACGAGAAAGGUGUAAAAGGUGCUAGUAGCCGACUCCCUUUCGUGAUGGGUUUACGAGGACUUUUUUUUUUCCUAAGUUCUGAUAUUUUCAUACUCCCGCGGCGUUUGGGGAAGUGGUGAUUUUGUGUGGUAUUGGCAAAGGGGGAAGGGGGCGGGGGGUAUUUCGUCACAAUUGCAAAAAUAUGUUA